ACUCAUGACACAGUUUUGCUUAAACACGGAUACACAUGUACACACGGAAGGUCAAAAAAAUCUUCACAACUUUUUCCUCCAACAAAUCCAACUCAACAGGAUCACACAGAACAAACCGGACAUUCAGACCCUCCUGCACCCACAGAUUCCUCACCAACCUCCUGUAAUUUAGCUUCAACAAAAUCAACUCAACAGGAUUACACACAUGGGCAUUCAGAAGCUUUAGAAGCAUCAACAGCUUCAUCAGUGGCCAUGAUCUCUCAUUCCGUCCUGCGGCUUCUGUUGGUUCUCACCUUCCUUCAGUCCUUUGCGACAGCUCAGGAUAAAAUUGGACCCUUUAGAUGCUGUUUUCAGUUCCUAGCAAAACGGAUCCCUAAAAAACUUAUUACAAACUAUAGAGUAACAGCACGCCAGUGUACAAAACCUGGAGUUAUCUUUACUCUAAAGAAUAACCCUGAAGUGUGUGUAGAUCCCGAUGUUAAAUGGGUGCAAAAAACUAUGAAUUACCUUAACCAACGCCUGCAUAUAGAGCCUGACAAACCAGCAUCCACUGCCUCAGCCCACAGAGACCAGCCUGACAAGCCAUCUUCCACUGCCCAUAGAGAUGAGCCUGAUUCUACUACCAAACCAAUUUUCAGUUCCCCAACAAGAGCUGGAUCUACAAGUCAUUCAACUCAAAAGGAUUACACAAAGGAAUUCGGGGUUAAAUUACCUGGUGAUCCAGAACCUGACUCUUCAACCCAACCAGUUUGUUUUGCCUCAACCAGCACUGAAUCUACAAGUCAUUCAUCUCCAAAGGAUCACAUGGAGGAACACGGUCCAACGGGAACAGAUGUGUUUUGCCUCGCAUGAGAGAAGAAGGUGAUAAAUAAAGCAGUCGUUCAAAUUGUUGAAAUUGGAACCUGGUUAUUGGGUUUUUUUUACAUUAUAACUUUUGUCUUUGAGUCUGUUUUUUUUUUUUUUUUUUUUAAUCACAAUUUCACUGUCAAACAAAAGAAAAAUGUUAUCUGGCCCUUUUAACAAUGGACUUUUCUUUAAAGCAUAUUUACAUAAAUAAAGUUGGUGUACACUUUUUAGCAUGAUAAAUGAGCCCCUAUGAGUUUAUCUUUAAUAAGAACCCAUCCUCAUCCAUCCAUCAUUACAGUUCUGUUAUUGUUAAAGUUAGAAACUGAUCACUGAUGAAGACUUGAGUGUAAAUCCUUUCAGGAAUCUUUCUGUAUAUGGAAAACAUACAAUAUAUAUAAAUAUGGAAAAUCUUUCUGUAUACUGAAAAGCUGCUGCUGGUUUAUAUCUUUAAUGUUCUCAACACAGUCCAUCUUUUAACUGCCAGGUGUUUUGCUCUUCUCUCAUGUUCAUCAUGUAAAACUGCUGUGCUGAGUGGAAAUACAUUAAACAAUUGGAUGAAUUGGACGUGUUAAGUCUAGAUAUGCCUCUUACCACAUCACUACAUCACUCAUUACUCUAGUUGUGACUCAUGAGGCUCAGUGUCAUGGUCCAGGAUGUGAGUGAUGAUGUCGGCUCUGUAGGUGAGCAUCAUGUCUGUCAGUAGGAAGUUGAGUAAUAUGAGUGAAUGUAGGAUGAGUUUGAUCUUUUCCUAUACCUCAUAUACUUUUUAGAAAUGGUGAUAAUUCAAAUUUUAGUAAGUUUUACAAAAAUGUGUCCAUUUCUAUAAUUUCUAUCAAUUUUUUUUUAAAACUGGAUUUUAAACCAAAACCACCAGCCAUCUAUCGAUCUCUCUACCAAUCCACCCAUUCAUCCAUCCCCCCACCAUCUAUUGGUAUAUUCAGCUCUAUCCAUACAUCUGUCUAUCUAAUGAUUCAUCUAUCCAACUAUUUAUCUAUCCAUUUGUUUGGCUCUCCAUCUAUAUAUCCAUUUAUCUUUUAAUUUUUCUUCUAACUGCCUACAACUCCAUCCAACCCACCAACCAUUCAUCUGUUUGUCCAUCCAUCCAUUUGUUCUUUCUUCCACCCAUUUACCAUCCAUCCAUCCAUCCAUCCAUCCCUGUCCUCUCAUUUCCUUUUGCCCAUUUGACCAGAGAAAUUCCAUCCACCCAUCCAUCCAUUCAUCCAUCUAACUAUUCAUCCAUCCAUCC